UGUCAGGUUCAUCUUCUCGCUCACACCCACCCGCAAACAUCCCCAGUACCCCAGACCCCAUCGAGACCUGCAACACUACACACCACACCCGCCAUGAACUUCUUCAGUCGCCAAAAGACAAAGUCCCCGGCAGACAACGUCAAGAGCCUGAGGGACAACAUCCUGCGCUUGGAGAACGCGACCGGUGAGGGGAGCAAGAAGAUCAAUGAAGAGAUCUCCCGCCAGAUCGCCGCUGUCAAAGCUGCCCUCUCUGGAGAGUCGGAUGGCGAGCCUUCUCCCGACAUUGUGGCGCAGGUGGCAAACGAGGUGUACGCGCAAGAUCUCUUGAGUCUCAUGGUGUUACAUCUUGGACGAUUCGACUUUGAGGCCAGGAAAGACGUCUGCAAUAUCUACAACAUCCUCCUCCGCCGCCAGCUUGGCACUCGUUCCCCCACCGUCGACACCAUCGCCACCCGGCCCGACAUCAUCUUUGACACUCUCAAAGGCUAUGCCAACCCCGAUAUCGCGCUCAAUACCGGUAUGAUCUUGAAAGAGAUGCUGAGAUAUGAGCCCCUUGCGAGAAUAGUGCUCUACUCGGACCAGUUCUAUACGUUCCCUAAUUACAUCGAGAACACAUCGUUCGGCAUUUCCUGUGAUGCCCUGGCCAACAUGAAGGAAACACUUACACGACAUAAACCCAUGGUUGCCCAAUACCUCGAAGCCAAUUAUGACCGGUUCUUCGCCAUGUACAACACCCUGAUCCUCUCAUCCAACUACGUGACCAAGCGUCAAUCCCUCAAACUCCUCGGCGAGAUCUUGCUCGACCGCGCCAACUACAACAUCAUGACGCGCUAUAUUGGAUCAGAGGCAAACUUGAAGAUGAUGAUGAACUUUUUGAGGGACAAGAGCAAGAAUAUCCAGUUUGAGGCGUUCCAUGUGUUCAAGGUGUUUGUUGCCAACCCGAACAAACCACCUCAAAUUGCUAGUAUUCUGCGGAGGAACAAGGACAAACUUCUGGUAUUCCUCAAAGAAUUCCACAACGAUAAAGAUGAUGAACAAUUCAACGACGAAAAACAGUUCCUCAUCCAUCAAAUUCAGCAACUGUAGAUCGCGGUGUAUUGAGCCACCGGUUCCUUCAGCUCUGUUCCGAAUGUCUUUUCUCAUUCCCUCAUUACGAUCUUUUAACGCCCCUUGCAUGCAGAUUCGAUAUUAG